ACGAAUGAUUACAGGUUAUGUUGACAUUCUCGACUUGUUGAUAACGUGGAACUUCGCUGUCAAAUUUUUAUCUAAAAGUAAAUCGAAGCAAAAAUUGUACUGUUUUUAACCCGGCAAAUUAAAUUUCUCAGUGCGCGGCUGAGUGGUGAUAAGACGAUGAAUGUAUUAACUCUUGCAUGAUGAUCCUGCUCCAGUUUUAUUUUCUAGAUUCGUAAGUGUCCAACGCCCGACAGACUAUUUUUCUCAACUCAUUCAGACAACUCAGUCAGACUCUAACUCACUGAAAUGGCCACAAUUAAGGAAAGACAGACAGCUGCUUUGAGGCAAAUGCUGAACUUGAAUGAAUCGCAGCCAUCUACCAUAUCUUACGAGCCAGUGUGGAAAGUGCUAGUUUAUGACCGUUUUGGACAAGAUAUAAUUUUACCUUUAAUUUCUGUCAAGGAGCUGCGCGAAUUGGGUGUUACACUAUAUGUUCAACUUCAUUCUGAUCGAGAUCCUAUUCCUGAUGUCCCAGCCAUAUACUUCUGUAUGCCGUCGGAGGAAAACUUGGACAGGAUUAGGCAAGACUUCCAAAAUGGAAUUUAUGACAUGUACCACCUAAAUUUCAUAUCUGCCAUCUCAAGACAAAAACUUGAGGACCUUGCUGCUGCUGCUUUUCACUCUAACUGUGUCGCAAGUAUAAACAAAGUAUUUGAUCAGUAUUUGAAUUUUAUAUCCUUAGAAGAUGAUCUGUUCAUCUUGCGUCAGCAAGACUGUAGCGCAGUUUCAUAUUAUGCAAUGAACAAGGGUGAUAUCAAGGAUUCUGAAAUGGAAGCAAUCAUGGACACUAUUGUAGAGAGUCUCUUCUCGGUGUUUGUAACAAUGAGUGCGAUUCCAGUCAUCAGAAGCCCAAAAGGAAAUGCAGCUGAAAUGGUUGCAGAGAAACUUGAUAAGAAGUUGCGUGAAAAUCUCAGAGAUUCGAGAAACAGCCUUUUUCUGGGAGACGUCGCCGGAGCGUAUAAUUUUCAACGGCCCUUGCUCAUCAUUCUUGAUCGGAAUUUAGAUAUGGCAACGCCACUUCACCACACUUGGACCUAUCAAGCAUUAAUUCAUGAUGUCCUUGACCUGUCGUUAAAUAAAGUUGUUGUGAAAGAAGCAAGUGGCAAGUCUCCUGGUGGAGGGGCGCGGAGUAAAGCCAAAGCCUGCCACCUCGACAAUACAGACUCUUUUUGGGUUGCUCAUAAAGCAAGUCCAUUCCCUAUUGUGGCUGAAGCAAUUCAAGAAGAACUAGAGCAACUGAGAGCAUCAGAAGAUGAAGUGAAAAACUUGAAAGCCGCAAUGGGUGUAGACAAUGACAACGAAGCCGCAUUCACCGUAAUGGAUAGUACUGCUAAACUCACCUCCGCUGUUAGUUCUCUACCUCAACACCUUGAAAAGAAACGGCUCAUUGAUACUCAUACGACUAUUGCAACUGCUGUUUUGAAUUCCAUCAAGUCUCGCCGUUUGGAUACUUUGUUCGAAUUAGAGGAAAAGAUUAUGUCACGCGCUAGUUUGGAUCGGUCAAUUAUGGACAUUAUAACUGAUCCUGAGUCUGGCACAAGUGAAGAUAAAGUCAGAAUGUUCAUCAUUUAUUACAUCUGCAACUCUCAGAUGUCUGAAGUUGAGUUUGAUCAUUACUGCUCAGCUCUCAAAGAUCAAGGUUGCGAGCUAGAAGCAAUCAUGUACAUCAAAAGGUGGAAAGCCUACGUAAAAAUGGCUGCAGCACCUAAUCAGUACACAGGAGGUGGAACAAAAACUGUCAGUAUGUUUUCAAAGCUAGUCUCUCAAGGGUCAUCAUUCGUGAUGGAAGGAGUGAAAAAUCUUGUCAUAAAGCGUCACAAUCUCCCGGUAACGAGAAUCGUUGAUGAAAUCAUGGAGGGUCGAGAGGCUGACGGUCAGUAUCGGUACUUUGAUCCUAAACAACUUAGGCCUGUAAAUGACCCACCUAGAUCUAAUCUUUCACAAUUCACUCAGGCUAUCGUAUUCAUAGUUGGUGGCGGGAAUUAUAUUGAGUAUCAGAACUUAAUAGAUUAUGCUAAGGGGAAAUGGAGUACAAAUCCUAGCAGUGGUAUUAGUAGCUCAAAAAAAGUAAUAUAUGGGGCAUCAACUUUAGAUAAUGCUAAACAGUUUUUAAAACAAUUGUCAACUCUAGGACAAGAAUUGCGCUAAUACAUUUAUUGUGGAAGCAGCUUUUUUGACCCGCUUCAGUUUAAGGAAACUAAGAAUAUAUUCUAAAUUUUUAUGUUACCAGUGUUUCCUAAAUUAAGAGACGAAUCUCUAAUUAAAUCCCUGCUGAUUCAGUGUGGGUCCAGCGUCACUGGAGACUUACUACUUGCAUUUUGCAGUCUUUUGCCUGUGAUUUUGCACCUUUCAAGCUUGUGCUGAAGCCAUCUACUCUCAAUGGAAGAGAGGGCUUUUAUAGUUCUGAAUUAGACCUAAUACUUCAACAGUGUGAUGAUCUCCAGUUAAGAGAAGGGAACAUAUUAAAGUAAUCAUUCAACAUUUAAUGAUGUUUUGAGGAUAGAUUUUCCUCUUGUCAUGUCAAAUUGUUACUCAUCAGAAAAUCAGAAAUUGUUUUUCUUUUCAAAAAGAAAUCCUAGCCUUUGUCGUCUUUCCAAUAUUUUAUUCAUGGAAAAAUCAAUUAUUUGUUAAACGCUCAAUAAAUUGUAAAAUUAAAGAAAAGUGUACUGAAAUUCGGCCUUGCAAGACAAAAUAUCCUUUCAACAGAUUUUUCUUCUCUACUAACAGUUUAAUUAUCAUGGAUAAAAAACUUGCAAUCAACCCUACUUCUGUAGCUACCUAUUGUGAAUUUAUCGUCUGAAUGCCACAUAAAAAGUAUCACUGAAAGUUCUGCACUGAGGUUCUCAAAAAAAAAAGAGAAUCAACAAAUGCCGAAUUUUAAAAAAAAAAUUGUUGGAAAUUCAAGUUUGUUGUGAUUUUACUUGAUAUUAUACUUUGCAAAUAUCAUACUGUUAGCACUAUUUUACCGCAGAAUUGAGGAGUUGCAUUAUUGAGAAUGAGAAUCUUAAAGUACACUUUUUUGAUUAAAUAAGUUUUGUGUAAAAAUAUCAAUUCCUCUAAAAAAAUUUUAAUCAAUUGAAGGAGAUAAUAUGAAUCAUUGCCUGUCUUACAGGAUUUUCAUUCCUAUAUCGAGUUUUUCCAUGCCUACUUGAAAUAUCACUAGUUGUGUUACUAACUGAAGCUAAAAACAAUAAUAAUGAGCAAGGCAAAAAAUACCUUUUCAAAGGGAUGGAAACUUCUCUCUGUAACUGUGAGGGAAUAUGAAAGAAGAGGUUGCAGAGGAGAUGCCGAAACUCAUUCAUAAAUGGGGAGGAAAGAGAUAUAAGUCGCUUUAAAGGUAAAGGCAAGCAUCAAAAAUUUUGAAAAUGUACCAUUUCCUGUGACGCCCUUCUUUCUGUCCAUUUGUAAGGAUUCUAAAACCACCACCUUUUUUUAUCAUUAACGAGAAAAGAAAUCUUAGAAAAUUUCUGUCAUUUAGAGGAAGGUUUGCACAACCUUGAAACGAUUGUAAAGGAGUUUGCUUGUUUUCAAUGUGCUAAUUUAAAGUGGGAAAGAGAAAAUUAUAGGGAGCUUGGAAGGGAUGUAAUGAUUUAAAACUGGAGUUUGGGUUGAUGGCCAGCGAGAGAUUUGACAUUGACUUGACAAAAGACCGAAGUGAGGAACUUAUGGGUCCAUAAAUUCUGAUAAAAAGGUGACAUAAGAAUAAAGAUAGGAUUUUUCCUUUCCCACUAUGUAAUUCAGACACGUUAAGUUUUUUAUUUUUACAUGUGUAAGUACCUUAGAAAUUAAAUAUUUGAAAAUCAGAUUUUGUACUAUCAAAUUGUUAAAACCUAGACUAGAAAACUUUUUGAAAGCUAUAUUCAUAGCAUUAAGUUGCACUCCACAAUCGAAAAAUUGAUUGUGAUCGACAUGCAUACUAUUUUGUUAAUUUUUAUAAGAAACAAAAUUAUUUUUUUUUACAGUAAAAAAUAUUAUUCCAAAA